CGGGCCGGGGCUGAGGGGGCGCAGGGACUGAGAGGGGACCGGGACCUCAAGCCUGGAGGGAGCCUGAGGCGCUCCGUGGGAGACUGAGCAGCCGCUGCUGUGGCCCCUCCAGCGCCGGCCCCACCAUGAACUGCCGCGCCGAGGUGCUGGAGGUGUCGGUGGAGGGCAGGCAGGUGGAGGAGGCCAUGCUGGCCGUGCUCCACACCGUCCUGCUGCACCGCAGCACCGGCAAGUUCCACUACAAGAAGGAGGGCACCUACUCCAUUGGCACCGUGGGCACCCAGGACGUGGACUGCGACUUCAUCGACUUCGCCUACGUGCGCGUCUCCUCCGAGGAGCUCGACCGCGCUCUCCGCAAGGCUGUGGGGGAGUUUAAGGACGCGCUGCGCAGCUCCGGCUCCGACGGCAUGGGGCAGAUCUCCCUGGAGUUCUACCAGAAGAAGAAAUCCCGGUGGCCCUUCUCGGAUGAGUGCAUUCCCUGGGAGCUGUGGACCAUCAAGGUGAACGUGGUGAACCUGGCCAACGAGCAGGAGCGGCAGAUCUGCCGCGAGAAGGUGGGGGAGAAGCUCUGCGAGAAGAUCAUCAACAUCGUGGAGGUGAUGAACCGCCACGAGUACCUGCCCAAGAUGCCCACCCAGUCCGAGGUGGACAAUGUCUUUGACACCAGCCUGAAGGACGUGCAGCCCUACCUGUACAAGAUCUCCUACCAGAUCACGGACUCCCUGGGCACCUCGGUCACCACCACCAUGCGCCGGCUCAUCAAGGACACGCUGGCGCUGUAGGGCUGGUGGCACCCAGGCAGGGUCACCGUGGCACUUUUGGGGCAGUGACUCUGCUUGGAUCCCCUCCUUCACCUCCAGAAAGCUUCUGGGAGGAGCUUGGCUUGGCCUAGCCUGUAAUUUGGGGGUUGCUGCUCCUUGGUUUUGUCCAUCCUGGAGAACUGGCUCAGUGGCUCCGGCCUGGCUGAUGACCGGGGUGAGUCCUCAGGGCAAGGGUGGCACCAGCCCUGAGUGGUGCUGGGGCCUGGCAGAGAGUGCUGGGGGUCAGGGUGAAACCCCACCCCACCCCUCUGCAGCACACUGGGUGCCACACAGCCAGUGCUGGCCGUGUCCCUUAUCACCACCUGUCCCCAGUGUCACUCCUGUCCCAGGGGGCCAGAGCUGCCCCAAAAAUAAAGAGUUUCUGCUUUCACACA